CACUUUGAUAGGACCACGAAAAAAGUUGCAUUAACACCCGAUAAACGUACAUUUUUUGUUUUUGUUUUUGUAAGUGAGGGUUAGUUUGGGUAGAUCAUUCGGCAGAAAGAUAGCAAAGUUUACCGAGGCGUCUCUGCUAGCGUUCAAAAAUUUGCACAGUUGCGCCAAGCUAGUGGCGGACUCAAACUUCUUGUUUUUUUUUUCUAGCCGUGCGGUAUCGUUUCAAUCGAAAUGCCGAAGUGACAAACGUUUUAUUAGUUUCCGUUCUUUCUUGGCAUUGAGUGCGCAUGCGUGGUGAUUCAACAUUGCGCAUUCGUGAAUACACGCCAGUUACACGGCAUCGAAUCAUCAAGCAUGGCUGAUGAAAGAAGCUGCGAAUACAGGCCUCCUGAGUUUAGUAUGACGGACGAGGCAACUGCAAGCACAAGCUAUGGCGGUACCACGGGUGCUUCAUCUACCUUGGGCGCCUACACAACCAUUCCUGAUGACGCGUGGAAGUACCAGUGGAACACCCAGCCCACGCCGAUAACUGAUGUGACUUACGUCGAAGGCGUCGCUGACAAUGGCAUCACAACUUACCAGCAACUGGGGUGCGUCAGCAGCAUCGAUCACGCAAGGCCCAGCAAAAGCCGCGCUGGCUUGAAGGAAGCAUCAGUCAAUUUCGAAGGCGGCCUCAUAAUUUCCGAGAGUACCAUGGUUCACCAAGGGAACACGCAGUACGAACCGGCUGAAAGCACGUCCACUGUCUUCGGCCACAGAGACAAAACAGAAACCGGAAGCACCGGUCUCACACUUCCAGUCUACAGCAGCAGCAGCGGCGGCGAUUACACAGUGGCCAGUAUGAGCCGGACUGGCACAGACGAAGCCUCGGGCACUUCUGGAAACGACGCUAGGAAUGCUACUGAAACCGGACGAAUGGCACAGCAAGAUUCCUGCGGUGUGAGAGCACGUGAUCAAUCGUCUGUCGAGAAGUCAAACCUCAAAUGUGAAACAUGUGGUAAAUUUAUCAACAGGGCUCUCAAUCUAUCUGGACAUUACCGCACGCAUACCGGCGAGAAACCAUACACAUGUGAAAUGUGUGACAAAUCAUUCGCGCACAGCUCGACUUCCCGUAAUCAUGAACGGAUUCACACAGGCGUGAAACCCCAUUUCUGCCAAAUAUGUACUAAAGCAUUCAAAAAGAAAUCCGAACUUAACAGACAUCUCGAAUCACACAGUAACGACAGACCUUAUGUUUGCGACAUAUGCUAUCUCUCCUUUAAGCACAACUCGCAUCUCCAAAGGCACCGCGUCCCUGACAAUGGCAUCACAAGUUACCAGCAACUGGGGGGCGUCAGCAGCAUCGACCACGCAAGGCCCAGUACAAGCCGCGCUGGCAUGAAGGAAGCAUUAGCCAAUUUCGAAGGCGGCCUCACAAUUUCCGAGAGCACCAUGGUUGACCAAGGGAACACGCAGUACCAACCGCCUGAAAGCACGUCCACUGUAUUCGGGCAUACAGACAAAACAGAAACCGGAAGCACUGGUCUCACACUUCCAGUCUCCAGCAGCAGCAGCGGCGAUUACACAUUCGCCAGUAUGAGCCGGACUGGCACAGACGAAGCAUCGAGCACUCCGAGAAACGACGCUAGCAUGGUUCGCAAUCUAUCUUCACAUUACCGCACGCAUACCGGUGAGAAGCCAUACAAAUGUGAAAUGUGUGAUAAAUCAUUCGCGCACAGCUCGACUUUCCGUAAUCAUGAAAGGAUUCACACAGGCGUGAAACCCCAUAUCUGCCAAAUAUGUACAAAAGCAUUCAAAAACAAAUCGGAACUUAACAGACAUCUCAAAUCACACAGUAACGACAGACCUUAUGUUUGCGACAUAUGUAAUCUCUCCUUUAAGCGCAACUCACAUCUCCAAAGGCACCGCCAAAUAAUUCAAUAGAGUAAAAUGUCGUAUGAGUGCAAGCAGUGUGGAUUUCGGUUCGCAAAGAAAGGAAACCUCGACGUACAUCUCUGCCAGAAUACUGGGUGCUAG